AGCAACCCGUAAGUUAAUGCAUUAUUCACGAAGGAUGGAUCUCAGAUUUUUAUCCUGUUUUAUAUAAUUGAAACAAAAACGGCAACAUAGCCUAAUUCACGCUAUUUUACGAACUUAUCACUCGUGCGCAGCUUAUUAUCGGAAGUCUUUUACCGAGGACGAUAGAAAGCGCAGGUCCUGGAGUUAGCGGUUUGCAGGACGAUGAACCGGAGUUUGAUCAAUACACUCCGUGGUAGGCGUUAGCAGCUGAGGUUCCAUGUGCGAAGCGAUGCUUUAGUUCACGCAAAGAUGUCGGACGAGGAAAGUGACAAUUCUAGUUACGGUGAUAAGGAUGAUUCUGCUGGAUCCGACAGCAUUGACGACGAGGAUCAUUUGCGGAGUACCCGCUUGCUGCAGCUUGUUCAAGCUAUGAGAGAUCGAGUGAUUUUUCCUUCAAAUGCCGUACAACAAAUCGUUUGGUCUGAAGACGUCACCGAAAAGGCGAAAGCAUUUUUUACGAAGCCUGAACUGAAGGAGUUGUUUCUUUACGUCAGAGAAGGGCCUGAAGGGCAUUUCACGUUGGAACCGCGACACAUGCUGAGAAAAGACUCUUGCAAAGCGUUGUUCUACUAUUUCAUCAAGAUUUCCGAUGUUGAAGUUACCCGUGAUAAUUUCCAUGACGAAGUGGCCUUCGGGAAGAANUUCUUACAACGGUGAUCCUGUCGACAGCAUGAUCGAGUACAUGCACUCUCGUUGGACUGCAGUUUUACGCGGAUCUGCUCUUCUUCCUUCUUUUGUGGAAAAAACUAUGUCUGCGGAGACCCUUCACUUGCUGACCUACUUGAGGGGUUGGAAACAUUACGAAGACAAAAGAGCGACUUUGUUGGCCCCUCUAGAUUCCGAGACAUUGAAAAAUUCUGACCCUGAAUUGAUCGAAGGCGUAGUUUUGGUGUGGUUACGCCAAAUCCGGAAUGCCUUGAGUUUAUGUGAAUCACCUGCCAUGCGUUCGAAAGGAUCUGAUUCUGCGGGUUAUCUUGACGAGAUGAAAAAAUGGGAAGCUCUUGGUAUGAAUCUUCAGUCGAUCAUAGUUCAGCUGAAAAAUCCGGAGAUCGUGCAAGUUUUGGGAUUGGCAAGGGAUUAUCACUCCCCGUUCAUGGUCCAGUUCGACAAAUUGGCUACUAAAGUCGAGCAUGAGCAAGAACGUGCUGCUUCGAACCUUCGCUACUUGGAGCCUUUAAAACCAGUCAUCGAGAAGUAUCUGGAACCGAAGACUGCACCGGAUUUAGCAGCGGCUAUCAACUCGUAUCCGCAAGUAGUUGCUCACAUUUCGACAGUCUGGAAAACGUCGCCCUACUACAAUAGCAAGGAAAGUAUCCUUGGCCUGAUAAACUUGCUGACAAAUGACGUUCUAAAAUUGUGCGGGUCGUCCGUGAAUUUGGACAAGCUUUUCCAUGGGCACUCGAUUUCCUCCAUCGAAGCGCUGGAAAAUUCAAUCUUAGCUUGUGAAAAAUGGCACGAAUUGUUCACCAAGGGAUCAAGCAAGAAAAAGUCGUUGUUGAAUCAGCUUGGAUGGUCACCGACGGAUAUUUUUGCUCCUCUGAAAACAUUCGUUUCUCGGUGUCACGAGCUCAUCGACGUGUGCAACUCCGUGAAGCAACUUGUACGCAUGAAAACUGGUCGCCCGAAUAUUUUGAUCGACUUUCCGGGGAAAAUCGGUCCAACUCUUCGUCAGCGCUUAUUGGACAUCGAAGGAGCCUUUGUAGUCGCCUUGAAACAAUUGGAAAAGUCAAAAUCAAAGGCUCUGAUCGUACCUUCCGCUUCAUGGCAAAAUGGUUUCACGAAAUUUUCAGAGGACGUUCACAUGAUCGAAAAGCAACUCAAAGUUCUCCUGAAAGAUUCCUCUGACGCCUAUAGUCGAUUUGACGAAACAGUUUACGUGCUGGACAUCUUUUAUGAAAUGAGUUCUCGUAGAGCUCUGCAAGCCGUCUUUUCCGAAUGUGUGCAGAAGGUUUGGAGGCGUUUUUCCGCGUGCGUCGAAAAAAUUGAAGACUUAUUUUACGCACUUCCUGAAGGAAUGUCGAUGGACUACCCUUUUUAUAGCGGUCAGGCUUGGAUGGCGAAUUCCUUUCGCAAUCAGCUCCAAGAUAUGAAAGACCAAAUUUGGCGAUACGAAUGGCUGCCCGAGAAAUUUCUCGACGAUACGGUAAUGACGUACUACAAUGUUUUACGAAAAGAAAUGGAACAGAGUUCUGCGAAGUGGUUUCAAAAAUGGAUCGUGGAAGUGGACAAAGGCGGAAGUCUCUUGUCUCGGUUGGAACGUCCUUUACUGGUUCCUAUGGUCAAUACUUCGCAGCUUACAGCGCCUGGAAUUAGUGUCAACUUUGAUUGGUUUGCACUUCCACAAUUGGCCGGAAUAUUGACGGAACUCUUGGAUGUUUUUAAAGAAGCUAUUUACUGGGAAAGGCUCGGCUUUGAUUUGCCGCGCACGUGUUGGGAAGUUUACCGGAAACGAGAUGACAUACAAUGGCUGAGGGAGGAAUUGUCGAUGUUUUGUCAGAGCUACAAUGACACCGUGUCUCAACUGACUACUGCUGAGAGAUUGAUGUUUGCGAACCACCUGAUUCAAGUCGACCGAGUUGUUGCGCCUGCGAUGAAGUCCAACAACUGGAUGAUGAAUUUCGGGGAAGCUGGUCAGUUUCUCAAGCAUGCCCAUGAAAACUUACGCAAUGUCAAGUUAAUGAUUGACGAGUAUGUCGAAACGAACUUAGCGGUCAGGACUUUAGUGGACUCAAUCGGAGACCUGCUCCUGGUUGAUUUUGCUCGCAUUGAUCCUGAUGCGGUUGAACCUCUUCUGAUCACGAAUUGGUUGAUACACUUCGAGAAGUCGAGAGGAUUACGAUUGAAGGAGUUAACGAACUUUGUUAAGCGGAUCGUUAUCGAGGUGAAACAAUUAUCCGGAGCUUUCGACCAAUUUAAUGCACUGAUCGCCACUUCCUGGAACGCCUAUGUUUGCCGAAUCGACGAUGAAAUCGAGACUUUCAUCCGGAAGAGUUUGAAAAAUUCGUUAUCCGCCAUGAAAACAUUCAUCACGAGAGGCGUUGGACCUGCUGUCGGAGCUGCUGCUGGGGAAUUUGCAAUCGUGUUCGAAAUCUGCUUCUCAGAAGAAAAAGAACGGGUUGAAGUUGUUCCGGACCCGAGCUUGUUUGCGGAAGCGAUUGGCGGUACUCUGCAGUACAUCGUUCGAGCAAUUUCAUUCAUUCCGCGCAUUAGUGCGUCCAUGAAUAUCACUGUCGAGAAUUCUACUGUUCCAUUUUCCGAAGCGAUGAAAUCGGAUCAGGAUCUUUAUAUUCUCCAAGGAGACAUAGUGACGAGUUUAUCUUUGAUGGAAGAAGAGAUGGACGAUGCUGUGCGGAAGUGGACGGAGCCCUUUGCCCACAUUCUAUCCUGUCAUGACUGGAAGAAAUUCGUUCUGGAAUAUCUCAGGGCUUCGCCGAGUAUUCAAGCUUUGAUAGGCGAUGUUUCCAGGUAUCAUGAUCAAUGGAAAGUGUUGGAUGGAACAGACCCAAUGGUAACUGUCCUUCCAUUCCUGACCUUGGAUUUCGGACCAUUGAAAAAGUUUCUUCUGACGGUCGUCGAUGAUCUUCGAGUUGGUUUAUGCGAUCAACUCCACGGUCUAGCAUUUGAACGGAUGGCAAUAGCGAAAGCGAUCGACAAGCAGCAGUCUGGUGGAGAAAAUAUUCGCGGAGGCAUUGUGGACGUCACCGAUUACGUCUUGAGCGUCGUGAAUAUCGUCAACCUCUUGCAGAGUCAUUCUUAUCCAAUUGACGAAAAUCUCGUGAAAGAAACGCUUGCGAUGGCCCAUCGAUUUCUGAGUGUCGUAUCCACAAACGACUGACGAGAUUCGUCGAUACCUUCCUUUCUUGAAAAGCGAUGGAGCCUAUUCAAGUGCCGCACAUGUCGUUGUACCCGCGAAUUUUCUGUUGCCACACUGAAUACAGUAAAUGAACGACACGCGAUCUGUUUAGUAAUUAUCUUUUUUUUAUCUUCUUGGUGUUUUGUUGAAUGGAUGGUUGGAACGUGGGGUUGCAAUCAAAGUUGUGUGUCUGCAACGAGACGGUAGAUAAUUUGUUCGUGCUCAUGCAAUCAUCGGUUUCUGAACGCUGUGGAUAUUUUCCUUGAUGGAUUGAUAAAAAAAAACGUCUUCUGAUACAUACAGUA